UUUCUUUUGGCGCAUGGGCAAACGAAUCGGGCAGCUUCAAGACCUUCAUGGCGGACUGAACGGCUUCGGCUUUCCGGAGAAGUUUCGAUUUACGAUCAAACAGCGAUAUAGAUUCUCAAAGAUUCGUCUUUUCUAAAGUCCAAGAUAAACAUUUUUUAGUUGGGAGCGAUGGAGUGUUAUCUCAAGUGAUGAUUAAGGACGUGAUAGAAGAUGGACGACUACUGCUAUGCUAAGAUGGCGACGUCAUGUAAAAGAGAAACUGAAAGAGAAUCAACUUCCAGCAAAUCACCAACGGAGAUAAAGACGAAAGAUGAAGCUGUCCAGCAGCUGAUUGGUCAUCCAGAAGAACCUCCGCCUCAGCUACAUGGGGUGAACUUUACUUUGAAGCAGGAAGCUUCACAGCCCCUGCACAUUAAAGAAGAAGAGGAGGAACUCUGGAUAACUCAGGAGGGAGACCUUAUAAAGGAAGAGGGGGGACUCUGGAUCACUCAGAAGGGAGACUGUCUUUUAGGGUCGGAGGAAGCUGAUCUUACCAAGUUGCCACUGACUGUUGUCUCUGUGAAGACUGAAGACGAUGAAAAGAAACCACAAGUAGACAACCUCUUAGCUCCACUAUCAGAUAGUGAGGCUGAAGAAGAGGUUGACGAACCUUUGAGCAGCGAUACAGACUGUGAAGAUGAUAUGUGGACUCACUCUGAGAACAAACACUCUGACUGCUCUAAAAAGAAGACCGCUAGAACAUGUUUGACCUGCUCAGUUUGUGGCAAAAUAUGUGCUAAAAAGAGACGUUUGACUGAACACAUGAGAACGCACACAGGUGAAAAACCAUUUAAUUGUUCAGUUUGCGGUAAAAGCUUUUCUCAAAAGAGCAGUUUGACUCAACACAUUAGAACACACACAGGUGAAAAACCAUUUAAUUGUUCAGUUUGUGGGAAAAGCUUCUAUCUACAAAAACCUUUGACUGUACACAUGAGAACGCAUACAGGAGAGAGACCAUUUAAUUGUUCUCUUUGUUGUAAAACCUUCUCUCAAAGGGGCCAUUUGGCUGGACACAUGAGAACCCACACUGGAGAAAAACCAUUUAACUGUUCAGUUUGCGGUAAAAGCUUUUCUCAAAAGAACAAUUUGAUUGUACACAUGAGAUUACAUACAGGAGAAAGACCAUUUCGUUGCUCAGUUUGUAACGAAAGCUUCCUUAACAGACGCGGUUUGACUCGACACAUAAUGAAACAUAAGGCAGAAAAAACACAAUGUUUGUGAAACAUACUAAGAAGACCGAUUUAGUAAGACACAUGACAAAUCACACCAGAGAAAAAAUAUAUGUACGACUGCGAAUAGACAACCAAACUAUCUGUAAAGUAGUUGCCCACGUUACAUGUUUUGUUUGUAUACAUGGUAGCGAGAUUGUGUAUAGCGGUGAUAUCAAGCACUAAUUAAUAUUUAGAUC